CGGCCGAGCGGGGAGGAGCCGCGGGCGGCCGAGCCGGGCCGUCGCGCCGGCGCCGCUGGGAGAGGCCGGCGCGAAGGGGAAGGGGCCGGCGGCUGCGGCGGCCAAUGCGAAACUGGCUGGUGCUGCUGUGCCCCUGUGUGGUCGGGGUCGCGCUGCACCUCUGGCUGCUGCUGAGCUGCCCCGGGAGCCACCCGGCAGGUCCACUGUCCUUCUUUCCUCAAUGGAAGCUGAAGCAUUAUGAUGUUAUUGUAGGUGUUUUGUCAGCUCGACACAAUCAUGAACUACGCAGUGUUAUAAGGAGCACAUGGUUCAAGCACCUGAAACAACAUCCUGCCCUGAACCAACGUGUCCUUGUGAAGUUUAUAAUAGGUGCGCAUGGUUGUGCUGUGCCAGUGAAGGACAGAGAAGACCCUUACUCCUGUAAACUUCUGAACAUCAGUAACCCAGUUUUGAAUCAGGAAAUUGAAGCAUUCAGUCUCCCUGAGGACAUACCUUCUGUGCUGUCUGAAGACAGAAUCGUCAGUGUGAACUUCCGUGUGCUUUACCCCAUUGUCAUUACCAGCCUUGGGGUAUUUUAUGAGGCUGAUGGGGUGGGAUUCCAGAGGAACAUCACUGUAAAGCUGUACCAGGCAGAACAUGAGGAAGCCAUCUUCAGUGCUCGCUUUAGUCCGCCGAGCUGUGGAGUGCAGGUGAACAGAUUGUGGUACAAGCCAGUAGAGCAGUUUAUUUUGCCAGAGAGUUUUGAAGGUACCAUUGUGUGGGAGAGCCAGGAUCUUCAGGGCUUGGUUUCAAGAAACCUUCAUAAAGUGGUGGUGAAUGAUGGAGGAGGUGUUUUCAGAGUCAUUACAGCAGGGGAAGGGUCACUGCCACAUGAACUCACAGAAGGUGUGGAGGGAAUAGCAGGUGGUUUUAUCUACACUAUUCAAGAAGGUGAUGCUCUUUUAAAAAGCCUCCAUACUCGCCCAGAAAGGUUUGCAAGUCACAUAAAAAACCUUGAGAAGGAAGAUGCUUUAUUGAAGGAAGAAAGCAGUGUGUAUGAUGACAUUGUUUUUGUAGAUGUGAUUGACACUUACAGAAACGUUCCCUCCAAACUGCUGAACUUCUACCGAUGGACAGUGGAAUCCACCAGUUUUGACUUGUUGCUGAAGACUGAUGAUGACUGUUACAUUGAUUUGGAAGCUGUUUUUAACAGGAUAAUGCAGAAAAAAUUGGACAGGCCAAACAUUUGGUGGGGAAAUUUCAGACUAAAUUGGGCAGUUGAUCGAACUGGGAAAUGGCAAGAACUGGAGUAUCCAAGUCCUGCAUAUCCAGCCUUUGCUUGUGGGUCUGGCUAUGUCAUCUCCAAAGACAUUGUGCAGUGGCUGGCAAGCAACUCUGAAAGAUUAAAAACGUAUCAGGGUGAAGAUGUCAGCAUGGGCAUCUGGAUGGCAGCUGUAGGACCCAAGCGAUAUCAGGAUGGUCUCUGGUUGUGUGAGAAGACAUGUGAGAGUGGCAUGCUGUCUUCCCCCCAGUACUCGCCCCAGGAGCUGGGAGAGCUCUGGAGAUUAAAGGAACUGUGUGGAGAUCCAUGUAGAUGUGAGGAAAGAUGAUGGACUUGCCUUGGAAAACAGGGUAGUGUAUAAUGAUUGUGGAAAAGUGUACAUUUGGAUUCAUUCCUGGAACAAUAAGAAACAUUAAGGUACCUUUUAAUGCUGGGUUUCAACUAAAGUAUAACAAUAUUUGCACAUCCCUUUUGAUAAUUACAAGUGGACUGAUACUAUUCAUUUUCUAUAGUGUAGAUGUUGAUCAGACAAAAACCAAAAUGUUCAAGAUUAAAAAAAAAUCCUUUUUAUAUGAAGUCAGAGACCUACUUGUAAUUAAUAAAUGCACAUAAUAAUGUCAGCUAGCCUGUCUUUUGUAAAUUUAAGCACCACUGAUUUGAUUCAGUAUAGGGCUGUUCCAGGAUCCUGUGAGAGUUGUGCUCAGCACCAGGGCAGCUGGUAAGUCUUGCUGCAGCACGUUCUGUGCUGUCUGAAGGACUGCCCUCAUCUGUGCAGGGACAGGGACAGCAAUGGGGGCUAGGAUUUGGGAUUAGUUUGUUUAUAUCAUUGUCAUUUUAGAUAAAAAUAAAAUCAAGGUUUGCUUAUACCAAA